AUGACACUGUAUUAUCAGAUUGUGUUUGCCAUGUUGGUAUAUGAGAUGGCUCUCUUUCUACUGCUAUUAGCACCUUUUCCUACUACCUGGCGUCGAAGUAUGCUGAAAUGGGUGUCUAAUAGCAAGAUCGUUGUUAAAAUAUCAUAUGUAAUGCGAAUCAUGUUUGUCUUUGUCGUUGUUCUCUUUGUCGAUAGUUUAAACAAUGUAAUGAAGAAACAUGAACAUGAUGAGCAUGGUCAUUCGCAUGCAGAUGCUCACACUGAAUCCAUGGUCAGAGCAAAGAUGUUUUAUGCCCAACGCAAUCUUUACUUGACUGGAUCAGUCGUGUUUCUGUCCCUCGUGCUCAACAGAUUCUUUGCAAUGGUUUUCGAGCUCAUGAAAAACGAAGAAAAGUCCGAGGAAUUGGUUGAGGAUGCAAAAACUAAACUCAAGGAUCUGGAGGUUGUCAAAAAGCAAGCAGCACAAACAGCUGAUGAGUACAUGCGACUCACAGAUCGUUAUGUAGAACUUGAGAAAAAGUUUGAAAACAACUCCGAGUUCAAAAAAUCAAAAUGA